ACGUACCCUCUCUUCUCUCAAUUUCAAUUCCCAAAACAAAACCACUUUUUUUCUCUCUCCUCUCUCUGCAAGACUCUAACAAUGGCGGACCUCUUUUGCAACGACUGCAAGAAACACACAGAAGUCGUAUUCGAUCACUCAUCAGGCGACACCGUCUGCUCCGAAUGCGGCCUUGUGUUAGAGUCUCACUCCAUCGACGAAACCUCCGAAUGGCGCACAUUCGCUGAUUCCGCCGAUGACACUGACCCUAAUCGUGUCGGCAGCCCCACCGACCCUCUCCUCGCUGACAUCCCCCUCUCCACCGUAAUCACCACCGUCAACGGCGCUAGAGUCGGUGGCGGACUCCCGAAGUCCGCCACCGCUUUCGACAAGAAGUCGAAUCUCCUCUUAUCAGCUUUCCAGUACAUUUCCUUGAUGUCUGACCGCCUCGCUUUAGUCCCUACGAUCAAAGACCGAGCCAAAGAAAUUUAUAAGAACCUCCUGGACCAUAACCAGAAAUCCUGCCGUGGGAAAAACUUGGAUGCAAUGGUGGCUGCGUGCGUGUUCGUGGCUUGCCAGCAAGAGAACCUCCCUCGGACAUUGAAGGAGGUUUGUUCCGUCGUGGCGAAUGGAACCACUAAGAAGGAUGUAGGCAAGGCUAAGACGUUUAUCAUGAACCAUCUCAAGAACGAGGAAGAUAAUAAUAAGAAUAAGAAUAAGAAUAAUUAUGAUAACAACAAUAAUAAUAGGAUGAUACGAGCUGCGGAUUUUGUUAAGAGGUUUUGUUCGAAUUUGGGGAAUAUGGAUAACCGUGCAAUGAAGGCGGCGUUUGAAGCGGUUCAGACGUCGGAAGAGGAGAUCGACGUAAGGAGGAGUCCGUUGUCGUUGGCUGCUGCUGUGAUAUACAUUGUUAGUCAGUUGUCGGAAGAGAGUAAACGGCCAUCUUUAAGAGAUGUUUCGGUGGCUACUGGGGUUGCUGAAGGGACUAUUAGGAGUGCAUAUAAGGAUCUUAGGCCACAUCUUGGCAAGAUUCUUCCUACAUGGUUUGCUUCUGGUGAUGAUUUGAAGAUUGUGUGCACUCUAUAAUAUAAUCGUAUCAGUUAUGAUUGAUGAGAUUUAAAUUCUUGGGAAUUUUUUGGGUUAGGUUUUUGGUGGAUGAGAUACAACUACAUUCUUUUUUAUUUGGUUGAUAGUUGGAGUAGUUUGAUAUAGUAUCAACAAUUUUGAAAAUAUGUCAUAUCUAUGCUAGUAUGCUUGGUUUAUUGAUUUUUUGUAAAUCUAAACCAUGAGGAUAUGCCAUAUGAUGAUGGGAAUACGAAUGUUUAUUCUUGUGCUCA